AGUUUCCGGCCGGUCCCAGCGCAGGGUGCACAGCUCUGAAGCCGUGCGAGCCGAGGUUAGAGGAGUCAGAGCCGCAGACCAGUCUGGAGUCAGGCAGCAUGAAUGCGGCGGCGUGUAACACGCUUCUACAGGCGUGCAGACAAGGCAGCCGCAGCUGCCCGCCUUGGAUAUGGAGGCGUGAAAGUCACUGGCAAACCUCUCUGCUAGGUCUUCGCUCAGUACUUCCUAUGAGAGCUGAACCUAAAAAGAAGAAGAAGGUGGAUCCCAAGAGGGAACUAAUAGCAAAGGAGCGCCUGAGGAAGAGACUUAAGAAACUGGAGCGUGUCCCACCUGAACUUAUACCCAUUGAGGACUUUACACAUUCAUCAGCAAAGUUUCUGGAUGAAAGCAGAAUUAGGAAACCACCACAGCUUUCUGAAGAAGAACAAGAAAGACGGGCUCUACUUAUUAAAAAGUGGUCUUGGAGCAAGCAGCAGGAACAUGAUGCCGAACAGAGGGGUAUUGCAUGUCUCUUGGAAUCUCAAAGAAAAGCUCUGGAAGAAUUGCGCCUGGAGUCAGAGGAGCUUUAUAAUGCCGCUAUCCGCUGUGACGCAGGAAUGCUGCCUCUGGAAAAUUCAGGACCAUGUAACACUCCGCCCAUCUCCAAAUACAAUCCACCUGAUGGGAAGUACAAUGAUAUAACUAAAGUGUACACCCAGCAAUGAAGGGGCAUGGGGUGCGUGACGGUGAUUAUGAAUUGCGACACUUUUCUAAGCAGGAUGAAAGGAACAAUGGAUACGGAGUUUUGUGCUGAUUUUAAUUCUAAAGGUGUACGUGCUAGUUAUGCAAAUAAAAUCUAUGAUGAACAUGG